CCUGUAUAUAAACAUAGCACUGAUGACCAAGAGGCACUUUACGCUCAACCACCAACAACAUGAAGAUCCUGGUUGUUUUCAGUGCCAUUGUGGCCUGUGCAUUUGCUAAGCCCGGACUCCUCGCUGCAGGAGCCCUUGGUUAUGCUGCUCCUGCCAUAGCUGCUCCUGUGGCUUAUGCAGCUCCUGUGGGUUAUGCAGCUCCUGUGGCUUAUGCCGCUCCUGCCACCGUAUCUGUCCGCACCCAGUACCAUGCCCAGGAUGUGCUCGGACAGGCCAGCUAUGGACACGCUGAGCCCCUCCAGACUCACAAUGCCAUUCAGGACGCAGCUGGUAACAAGAUUGGCAGCUUCAGCUACGUAAGUCCCGAAGGCCAAGUCUUAAGGACUGACUAUGUUGCUGAUGCUCUGGGAUACCGCGUGGCCAGCAAUGCACUGCCUGUUGGACCCUCCUUGUCUGUUGCUACCCACGGUGCCAUCGUUCAUCGUGCCAGGCGUCAGAUCCUUGGCCACACCCCCGCUGCCACCACCCCGCUGGUUGCCCCAGUAGCCUAUGCUGCCCCCCUUUCAUAUCAUACGGCAGCUGUCCGACCUGGCAUCUUGACCAACGUAGUCAACACACCAGGACAUGCUGUGUCCUACCGCAUUGACUAGACUGUACUGUACCUCAUCCUUUGGCCCAUCAGAUUCUGAACACUGGCUAUGACUGAACUUGUGUGUAAUUGGUGUGUGGGUGGAUGAUGAGUGUUUUGUGUGCAUACAAUGUGUCUAAUUUUAUUUAGAAAUAAACACUUAAAAACUCA